CACCCAUUGAGGAGUGGCAUGGUGGUGGAAGUGAUGGUAGCACAGUAGAUAAGGGUACGAACACACUGAACGCGUGAAAGGCGCGAGCGGGCGUCAGAGCGAGCGAGAGUCAAAGAGUCAAAGCGUCAAAAUGUGAGGGUGUGUACACUGAGUCCGGUGCGAGCGUCAAAUAGGCCGCUUCAUUGAUGGGAGAACUUUAGUUCGUUGUCAUCUUUCGAGGCGUGUGGUCUGUUUUGUUGUUCCUCCUAAUCAGUUCAUCCCAAAUUCAAAAUGAAUGUUAAAAGUAAUAGGAAGCGUGCAUUAUUGCUGUUAUUGAGUGAAACUAGUCCGGCUGUCCCAUCUUCAUCCAGCAUGUGGGUCCAUCCCAUCAAUAAGGAGCGCGAGACCCAUGGGGAAUAUCAUCAUUUGAUGCCACAACUGAGAAACGACCCCCCAAAAUUCAAAGAAUAUUUCAGGAUGUCAGCUGAAACCUUUGACUAUAUAUUGGAACUUAUUUCUCCAGUCAUCUACAAGCAAACAACCAACUUAAGAAAACCCGUAUCCCCAGAGGAAAGGCUUUCUGUGACAUUAAGAUUCCUGGCGACUGGGCUGUCGUUUAGAGGACUCGCCUUCACAUUCCGCAUGGGAGUGACAACUGUGCGAAUGAUCGUGCUAGAAACAUGCGACGCACUCUGGAAGAUAUUGCAAUCUACGCAUAUGCCGGUGCCGGAUGCUCAAAUUUGCAAACAUGCUGCAGAGGAAUAUUGGACGAAGUGGAAUUUCCCAAAUUGCUUCGGCUCAAUUGAUGGCAAGCACAUCCGUAUCCAGUGUCCCACCAAAUCCGGUUCCCAGUAUUAUAAUUACAAACAAUUUUUUUCCCUUGUACUACAAGGUGUCGCUGACGCGCGGUGCCGUUUUUUAACCAUUGACGUAGGUGCCAUGGGAAAGCAGAGCGACGGGGGGGUGUUUAGCAGCAGUGACCUUUUUAGGUGUUUAGAAAAAAAUGCAUUUAAUCUCCCUGAAAGCAUGCCGAUCCCAAACACAAAUGUCGAAACCCCUUUGAUGCUUGUAGGUGAUGAGGCCUACCCUCUACUACCAUACUUGAUGCGACCCUUCCCACGCUCAAACCUAAACAUCCCUAACAAGAUAUUUAAUUAUAGAUUGUCACGUGCCCGUCGUAGUGUUGAGUGCGCCUUUGGCAUCAUGGCAAGUAAAUUUCGCAUUUUGAACAAAUCAAUUGAAACUCAAGUGGAGUUUGCUGAACAUAUUGUGAAAGCAUGUUGUAUCUUGCACAACGUUAUAAUCGACAAGGAAGGCACAGAUUAUGACCUUUUCGAUGAAACAUCAACAAGCGCCAUUACCCCCCUCCCUACUUCAAGGAAGCGCCAGUCAAGAAAUGUAGCUCUUAAUUUGCGGAAUACGUUGAAAGAGUUCUUCAUAUCUGAGCAGGGGUCUUUGCCGUGGCAGGAUGUCAUGCAGUAGGUUUUAACACACGCAUUUAUUAAUGCUAUUAUAGUAAAUAUCACAAUAAUAAGUGUCAUGGAAGAACAUUGAAAAUUCCUUUCAGCGAACGUGGGGACCUACGCCCCCGGUAUCCAAAGUCAGCAGAAACGAUAAGCGCAUGAUCAUCCAUCCCAUGCGUUUAGCGUUCGGGCGACGCAGGUUCGAGUCCCCACGUUGUUUGCAAGGUUUUUCAAUGAUAUUCCAUGACAAAUAAAUUUCCUAUUUACUAUGACAUUUAUGUGAUCUGUGGUGUUGGCAGAAUAAAUAUAAUAUGCAUUUAUUAAAUCUAAAAUCUUUAUUUUUCCUAUCUACCCUUUUAGAACUAGAUAAGAACACCUAAAAUGAAAAAAAAACGCUAAAAAUAAUAAAACUACAUAAUCAAAAAAUGUUGGGAUUAAGUAAUUUAAGUAUAGCCUGGGUAGUAUGUACAAACUGCACAGAGAAACAGGUUGUGUACCUUUACUCAUGUCAACUCAAAUAUUUGUUAUAAAGUUUAUAUACUUGUUUUUUGUAUACAGGAAUAUCCAAAGUAAGGGAAAAUAUUACUAAGUAGACUGAUAUAUUUUUGCCAAUAAAUAGCGACCACAACUUACGUCUGGUGGCUCGUUAAAAUUCAAAGGGGCACAGGAAAAGAAUACUUCAAUACAAAUACGAUAACUUACCGGUU